AAAUGUGUGGAUAAUUGUUUUUCUCUAUUCUGUUCCAGUUGGGGGCGUGUGAUCAAAACAACUGAAUCAAUGCACACACAAACACGGAUACCGAGAGGUGAAAGUACUCCUCCCAUGAUGAUUUCUGUUGAUUGUGGAUUUUACAACUUAAGGGCGUGUGUGGAUUGCACAGGAAUGCCAUUAGGGCGGUACUCUCAUGGACUAUAUAUACGGAGAACAACUCAGACAUGUCUGCAGCAGAGUCUCCGCCUCCUGUGUAUACGGUUUAUUUUGAGGACUAUCUCAGGCCAAAGAAACACCAGAAGCAGGCACAUCUGCAACAUUUUAGGAGGCCAGUGGGUAAAAUCUCAGCGGCAGCCAGAAGACUAAAGCGUCUCAAGAUACUCCGGUGGCACUCGAGAAUUAUUCAACGCUUUCAGCAGCUGCCUUUGCCUAGUUUUCUGGGCUUUCUGCGUGCCCGAAAGGAUGAUGGCCUGUGCAAGCGCAAAACUGGCUUUGAGAUCUACUGCGAAAUGGCCAGCAUCCACGGUUUUCAUGUGUUUGUCGGUGCUGAAACCUGGCAGCGUAUUUUCUGGUGGCUUUUGAUUUGUACUGCGGUGAUUCUGUCCAACGUUAUCCUGCUCACGGCACCCAAAAAGGGGCCCACCAUUCAUUAUAUAGACAGCAUGAUGAAGCCGAGCUCAGAGAUUCCCUUUCCGGCAGUCACAAUGUGCUCUCUGAAUGCAGUUUCCAAGGAAAAGCUACAGAAAAGAGCCAAGGAAUUGCAAGUGUCGGAGGAAACGCUGAGGAAUGGAGCCUUGGAGGAGCUGUCUCAAACUAAUCUCACAUGGUUGCGCCUUCUGGAGGAUCUGGCUCCCCCAAUCUGUGAGCAGAUCCAAAGUUGCAAGUGGGAGAAUCGCCUAGAAAGCUGUUUGGGUGACCUGAAGCCUCUGUGGACCUUUGAUAACCGUCUCUGCUGCAGUUUUAAUCAUCAACAACUUCGCUACACUUCACAGUUGGGUGUAAGGAUAGUCUUAGAUCCACGAAAAGAUGACUACGCUGCCUGGAGAAUUGCAUCCCAUGGCUUUGAAGUGCUUAUCCAUGAAUCCCGAACGGUAACAGAUGCUGCCACCAUGAGGAUUCUAAUACCAAGUGGUUCGGACACUCACCUAAUGGUGCGACCGUUUUCCACGCGUUUCACAUCGAAUCUGGCAGCGCUUUCCAUCGAGCAACGUCGCUGUUUUCUGCCCGAUGAGCGUCGUAUGUGGUUUUACUCCACCUACAGCCUAGCCAACUGCCUUUCGGAGUGUCGAAGCAGAAAAAUCCUUCGUUCCUGCGGAUGUGUACCGCCCCAUGAUCCCGGGGAGAGCCAUUGGCCCAUUUGCGACUUCAAGCAAGUGCCGUGUGUGCGGGCGUAUGAUGACAUAAGUGAGGAGAUUACGUCGGUGGAGAGCGACUGCAAUUGCCUGCCGCCGUGCAAAUUUCAUCGCUAUGAAUUCGAGAGUGAUGUGAGUCCCAUACAGGGACCCAAUUCCUCGAAUGAGGUCCGCCUGCAGGUCUACUACGAUCUGGCAAUUAGCGAAGAGCUGCUUUUGGGCGUAUACGAGACCUGGCUGGCAUUCAUAGGCAAGUAUCCAAGAACCUUUGGCGGCGUAAACGGCCUAUUUAUGGGCUGCAGUUUCGUGUCGGUCUUCGAGCUAAUAUUCUUUACGUGUGUGCGCCCCACUUGCAACUGGCUGACGCGCCAGCAGAUACUCUGGCGACGACGCAGGAAACAGGCUAAAGUGGGCCUCUCUCAUUAG